AUGGACGGAAGCCCCCCAACAGACGAACAAUCCCUCACCCUCCCCUCCAUCCACGUCUCUCUGACCUCCUCCCCUCUCUCCUCCGACGCCGCCCUCUCCCGCGUCAAAUCGCCCAAAGCCGGGGCCGUAGUCCUCUUCGCUGGCUGUACGCGCGACACCUUCAACGAUAAAGCCGUGCUCUCGCUCAAUUACUCGACGUAUGCUGCGCUGGCUUUGAGGAGCAUGCAGGCGAUUGCCAAAGAGGUGCAUGCUAAGCAUAACCUCACUGCGAUCUCGAUCACGCAUCGAUUGGGGCAGGUAGAUGUCGGGGAGGAGAGUAUCUUGAUCGCUGUGAGCGCGCCGCAUCGAACGCCGGCGUGGAGGGCUGGGGAGGAGUGCUUGGAGCUGGUGAAGGAGAAGGUGGAGAUCUGGAAGGAGGAGAGGUUCGAGGGUGGAGGGGUGUGGAGGGCUAAUCGUGAUGGGAAGGCAGGAGUACCUGUGAUUGAUGGGAAGGCAACGUAG